UGUCUUCUCAGUUGCUCUAGCAGCCAGCAGCUGCUAUACGCCUUUGCCUGGAUCAUUGGCAUCGGAGGGCGGUGCCGCACGUAGCCAAGCGCGUAUGCGGUACUUCCCAUGCUGUCUUGGAUACGGCGGUGUGGGUAAGGUUUUCCAGCAAAGACAAGACCUCGACAUGCGAGACAUGCUGCAGGUGUCUAUGGCUAGAGUUACUUGACCGGGCAGGCGCGAUGUCGUCGCUCACAGCCACAGAGGCACUUUUUUCCGCUUUCUGUGCCUGCGGCUUCCAAGUUCCUCCCCCCUUCGGGAUCAUAGUCCAGCCUAAAAAGCACAUCCACACCCACACCACAUCCCGCACACCCCAUCCCGCUAACCCCCACCCACCCUUUCCACUGCCGUCGUGUCCAGGCCUCAAGCGCCUACCCAUCGAUAAGCAGUCUCAGAAAUGUAGGCGUGCGGUGUCCGUCCGGCUCCCUGCAUCCCCUUCCGGCGACCUGCCCACCACCCGCACGUAGCACUACCCACCACGGUUACAUGGGCCACUGCUGCUGCCAUCCACAGCGUCCGUCUUGUUUCUGAUGCUGCGCCCUCCCGCAAGUAAUCUUCCAAGAUCUUAAUGAAUGCUGUGCUGGUCGGUGGACAGAUCUCUGCGCUCUCCCCCCCGUGUGGAACCUCUUGGGGCUUUACUCUAGUGAGACAACUGCAUCUAGUGCGGGUGGCUUGCUUGCGCCGGGUGCGUCAUGCACGCUCCGUCUCGGAAUGCAUGCCGUGGUCGGCCUGAAACCUGGUUUCGCUGUCCGGAGUUCGUUAGCCAAAAAUCCGAUCGUGUGGUUUCUGCUGCUUGACACGUCUGCGAACGAAUGGUGUGCCGGUAGCUUGCAGAUUGCAGUCGAAGGAUUGCGAGCAACUCCCUGCUUGAUAUGCAUGAA